AUGGCGUUUCAGAUGGCAACAGAAUGGCAUGCUGGAGAGGAGGAAAUGCACAAACGUCUACGAGUACCUCAGAACGAAAACCCAACCUCACCAUACCUUUCACCAUUCGCUGCGAACCUAUUGGCCCGAUCACCAUUACUCGCCCUCGGCACACUCGAUUCUUCCAGCAGACCAUGGACUACAUUAUGGGGCGGGGAGGCUGGUUUUGCCUGGCCGGUCGCGCAGUCUGUCAUUGCUGUGAAAGCUACAAUCGACCUCCAAUAUGAUCCAGUCUCCGAAAUUUUGCUGGGAAAGAAUGCAGAUGGACAAGUCAAACGAGAAGAAAUACUGGGGAGAAUGGUCGGUGGUCUUGCGAUCGACCUCGAAUCUAGAAAACGAGUCAAACUAUAUGGUCGGAUGGCUGCAGGCGCAUUGAAAGAGACUGCUGGAAAUUCAGUGGCUGAAGCCUCACUAGUCAUCAAAAUAGAGCAAAGUCUAGGUAAUUGUCCCAAGUACCUGAACAAAAAGCACAUUACUCCCCGAUUGCCGAAGCCCACACUGGUUUCCACGGCAUUACCUCUCCCUAUAGAAGCAGUCGAUCUGAUAACACGAUCUGACCUGUUCUUCAUUUCUUCCUCGAAUCAUGAUUCUGACAUGGAUACGAAUCACAGAGGUGGACCACCGGGCUUUGUCCGAAUCCUGUCUAACGAUACUAAUGGACUAAUAAUUGUUUAUCCCGAGUAUUCUGGUAAUCGUCUUUAUCAAACACUUGGAAAUCUCACGACUACACCUCAGGCAGGACUAGUGUUCCCAGAUUUCAAUACUGGCGAUGUCGUAUACCUGACUGGGAGAACCGAAAUACUUGCUGGGGAGAAGGCUACUAAUUUAAUUGCACAUACCAAUCUUGCAGUUAAGAUACACGUGGAAGGUAUUCGAUAUGUUACUGAUGGAUUGAGUUUUCGAGGCGAAGAAGGUGAACGUUCACCCUAUAACCCAUCCGUCCGGUUUCUAGCUUCCGAAGCCGCUGUCGGGUUCAAGGAUGCGGGCAGCAAGAUGCAUGCUAAACUCAUUGAGCGAAAAAUCUUGUCACCAACUGUAGCAAGGUUUCGAUUCAAGAUUUUGAGUGAAGAUAAAAUCAGCCAUUGGAAACCCGGCCAAUAUGUCGCCUUGGAUUUCAAAGAUGAACUUGAUAUUGGCUAUAGCCACAUGCGUGAUGAUGAUCCAAAAAGUUUGAACGACGAUUACAUACGAACUUUCACAGUUUCUUCGUCCAAAGAUCCCACAAACACAUACGAUACAUUCGAGAUUACAAUUCGCAAGGUUGGAAUUGUCACUGAUUUCCUAUUUCGCCACAACAUUAGAUCAGAGUUGGAAGUACCCCUCAAUGGGUUUGGGGGAGAAUUUUUCAUCGACCAAGGCUCUGAAGGAAAAGUUUCUUUUGUUGCUGGCGGUGUUGGAAUUACGCCACUCAUUUCUCAAGUUUCCGAAUUGGAUUUAUCACGAUUGCAACUUUAUUGGACUGUUCGUUUAGCUGACCUGGGACUGGUUUCGGAUACCUUCGAAAGGUAUCCCAAUCUUAGUUCUCAUGCAACAUUGUUUAUUACAGGUGAAAUGGGAGGCUGUGAUGGUAUGAAUGAAUCAACUGCCGUCAGCAAAUUACGGGAAUCCGGCGCUACGUUAAAAGAAAGAAGAAUCGAAAAGGGUGACUUUUCCGAAGAUUCUGCUAAUCGAUGGUACCUAUGUACAGGAACUAGUUUGCGUAAUACCUUGGUUGACACAAUGGCAUCCAACAACGUUCAUUCCACUCCCAUCCAACCUAAAUACGUCCUUCGCAAUCCUUUGGAAGUUGGCGACAAUGUCAAGAGCAUUCAACUAAUCAGGAUUAAAGACAAUGAAUCUUUUCUCGGUUUUCCCAUCCCCGACAAAAAGGUCUCAUCCGACAAAAAUCCAGAAUGGAAAAUAAGUCUUGCCUCCGCCAUCCUCCCUACAGCUGGUGUUCCGCUCUCCCGCAUUUUGAACCACCCGAACAUUGUUGGCCUCGUUGAUAUAAUCCACACAGACUCUCUUGCAGGCUCCACAAAACGUGCUGGUAUAACCGCCAAUAUAGCUAUCUACGAAGAUAUGAAUCAAGGCUCACUUGACCUCAUUCUUCCAAACCCAGAAAACUACCCCAAAUUUACCGAUAUGGCAGCCUGGCGUGCCCAUGCUACCCCAAAUCCCAAUCGCUUUUCCCUGCCUGAAAGUUUGUGCUGGCAUGUUUUAUCCAAUAUUAACAAGGCGCUUUUGUGGUUGCAUACGGGUGUGAAACAGACGGAUACAAAAGACGAUUGGCAAAAACAUGAUGAUGAUUGGCAACCUAUUUUGAUAAGAGAUGUUAGUCCUAAACAGAUUUGGUUUAAGAGAACAGGUGGUGGAGCAACAUAUGGGCAGUGUAAAUUGGGCGGGUUUGGGAAAGCAGUUGUGACGGGGUUCCCGGGCGGGAAUGUGGCAAAAAGUGAGAAGAAAGAGGGAUUGAGUUGGUUUUUUCAACCUCCCGAACAAUUAGCCGGAACCGAAACCUGGGGGCCAGCCUCAGAGAUUUGGUCGCUAGGAGCAACAGUCUUCACAAUGAUGACGGGGAUUCCCCCACCCCAGCAAUUUGAAUAUCAGUGGGCAAUGUCGAGGAUGAGCGACAAACCAUUUACAAGUGGACUGAAGAACUUGGUGGCGGGGAUGCUGAAGAUGAGAAGUAGCGAAAGACCUACGACGGCUCAGUUGGUGGGGAGAAUUGAACAGGGUUGGGAGGAAUGGAGGGCGACGGAUGAUGCGAUUGGGUAUGUGGAUUGGAAGGAUAGGAGUAGAGGGCGGGAAGUUAAUUUGAAGGGAGAGUUGGAGGAGAAGGCAAGGUUGGGGUGGGGGAUUGUCGAUGCUGGAGGGAUUUAG